AUGAGGUACACGAGUUCAAAGGUUGAAGUUGUGAGAAGGAAGUUGGUUGAGACAGAAGAUAAGUUGUUUACUGCUAUUGAAGAUCAAGGUGCACAGAUAAAGAAAUUUGAAGAGGAAGUUAUUGAAAACAUGAAGAAAAAGAUGACCGAGACUAUGGGUGGGAAUGAAAAGGGUGAGAGUUCAGCCCAAUACACAACAACCCCUCCCGAGACAUGUCUGCAUAGAGAAGAUGUGGAUGGUGAACCGGAUAUGGUGAUUUUUGAUGUUCUUAACGCAUUAGACCAGACAGAAGGAGUGGAAGAAGAAGAAAUCGUAGUAAGAGAGGGAAAAGAACAAGAAGAAAAAGAUGAUCCAAUAGUGGUUGAAAGUGAGAAACAAGAACAGAGAAAGGAAGCGGAGAAAGAAGCAGUCAAUGAGAAAGAGGGAGGAGUUGAGAAAGAAACUGAGAAAGAGGGAGAGAAAGAGAAGGAAGCAGACACAGAGGGAGAGAAAGAAGCUGAGAAAGAGAAGGAAGCAGACACAGAUGGAGAGAAAGAAGCUGAGCAAGAGAAGGAAGCAGACACAGAGGGAGAGAAAGAAGCUGAGAAAUGUCGAUUUCCAUCUUCAUCAUAA